CCACAAUCCGUGGAUUGUGGUCACCGCCCGGCGAUGGCUGCGCGGGCUCCGGCUGGGGCCCUGGCCCUGGCGCUCUGGGGCUGGGCGCUGGCUCCGGCGGGGGCCGUGGACGCCAUGGGCCCUCACGCGGCCGUCCGCCUGGCAGAGCUGCUGACUCCGGAGGAGUGCGGCCACUUCCAGUCGCUCCUGAAGGCGCCGGAGCCGGACGUCGAGGCCGAGCUGGCCAGGCUUUCGGAGGACCGGCUGGCACGGCCCAAGCCGGUGCCCACGUUGGCGGCGGCGGGGCGCCGGCGGCGGCGCGAGGCGGCGGGGGAGCCGGCCGGCCGGGCGGCCGAGCCCGCGUACGUGUCCGACGGCUGCCGGGAGGGACUGGCGGCCUGGCUGGCUGCCGAGGCCCCGUCCUUGUCGUGGGACCGCGUGGCCCGGGCCCUGCGGCGCAGCGGCCGCCCGGACGUGGCCCGGGAGCUGGGCAAGAGCCUCCACCAGCAGGCGACGCUGCAGCUGCGCAAGUUCGGGCGGAGCUACCUACCCCCAGCCGGCGCCCCCGCUGCCCCCAUCCCGGCCCCGGCCCUGCGCCCCCGCCGCUCCUCGGCCCGCGAGCCCAACUGGGACGAGCUGGAGCUGAUCGUGGAGCGACUGCCCCAGGCUCCGUACGAGCGGAGCCCCACGGGCUGGGCCGGGCCGCUGGCGCUUGGCUUCCUCACCGGCCUCGGUGGGGCGCUGGGCGCCGGGGCGCUGCUCAUCCUGCUCACGCCGUGGAUCACGGGCGGCGAUGGCGACGGGGCGCGGCCCCACAGCCUCUGGCCGCCUGCCCCUCCCCUGCUGCGGCCCUCCGGGGUGCCCGGCUGCGGGGAAGAGGAGCCACUAUUGACUGCAGAGCCCCUCGCAUCCCCAGGGGCCUGGGCUGCAGGUGGGCCAGAUACCCCGUCGCCUCUGUGUCCCCGGCUGUGAAAUGGGAGCACAAUCCUGGUGGCGUGCUGCCUUUGACAUAU